AUGCUCCGCAUCACGACGGGCGCCGAUCGCGGCGGUAGGGGCGGUACAGACGCGACAGACGACGGGGCUGUCAGCUCCCCCUCGCCGUCCCUUUCCCCCUCGCCUUCCCCAUUAUCCCCCGCGAUUUCCCCUUUCUCCCCCACGCCUCCGCCGUUCUCCCCGUCGUCCGCCUCCGCGCAAAUUAGCCGGCGCAGGCUGCACAUGAGCUAUGACUUCGACGGGGAGAGCAGCAGCGGCGGGGAGGGCGGCGCAAGCGGAAGCCGGCGUCGGUUGCGCCAGGGGCACCGCAGCUUCUCCCACCGCUCCGGAGUGCUCUCCCCCCCCGAUACCUCCCUCUUAGGGUCCCCCGCUCCCGCCAGGCCCGCCAGUCCCCUGGGAAGUCCGCGCAGAAGCGCGCUUGGGGGGCUCGGCGCGCUCGUAGAGGGUGGGGGCGGGGAGGCGGGAUUGGCGCUCAGGCCCUUGCGGCUGGGGAAGGGGAGUCCGGGAGGGGACGCAGUCGGCUCUGCGGAAAGGGGAGUGGGGGGGAGGGUUGGCGGAGACGGCGGAACAGGCGCAGGGCGGCGAGAAGGCGGUGGCACGGCGGAAGAGAGCGGGCGGAGUGUGGUGGGUCUAGGUAGCGAGACUAGGGUGGGGGAGGUGGGGCGCGAGAGGGGCGCAGGUGGUGCUAGGGGCGAGGCUGCGCGGAAUUAUGUGCUCGCGGGGGAGCAAGAGGCGAGGGCGCAAGACAGAAAGGCGCAUGGCCAAGCGGAAGAGCAAGCGCGUGGCGGGACAGCAGCAGCUGCAGCAGCGGCAGCAGGCGCCCCCGCAACGCCCAAGUCCGCCCCCGCGUCCCCCAGCUGGCUGGGCGGGUGGGCGGGCCUCCUGCUGGGCGCGGGCGGGGGGGAGCCGGGCGUGGCGGAGGAGGGGAAGGGGGAGGCGGGCAAGGGGGAGGAUGGCGGAAGUAGAACGGGCGGACUGAGCUUGCUGUCCCCGUUCGCGUGGAGGGGAGGAGGGAUGUGGGGGGACGGCGGUAAGGGGAAGGGAGGGGAGGGGACGGGGGAAGGGGAAGGGACGAAGCAGGGGGAGGGGAGAGAGAGCGGUGAGGGGAGAGCAGCAGACGGGGAGGAGAGAGGGGGCAUGGGGGAGGCGCAGGGCUUGGGGGGACAGGAGGGCGCAGGGGAGGGGGACGAGGAGGAAGCAGGGGAGGCGGCAGAGGGGGAAGCAGGGGAAGGGGUGCGUGAGGGCGCGGGGGAUAGGGAAGGGGAAGAAGAUGAGGAGCGGACUUUGCAAGGAGGGGCAGGAAGUGGUGAUGCGCGGGGUGAGAAUGGGGAGAGCAGGGGCGAAGGGGAGGGGGCGACUGAUGAUGACUUUGCAUUCCAGGCAGAGCGGUGGGGCGAGGGGGGCUCGACGAAUGGUGGUGGGGCACAGGAUGGGGGUGUGGGGGGGAUGGUGUAUGAUGGUGGGGUGAUGCAGGAUGGUGUGGGGAUAGGCGGCGAUUUUAAGUUAAAUACGGAUGACUCUCGUAGCGAGGAUAGAUGGGCAAGUCGUGAAACAGGACGAGCUGAACACGAGAAAGCCGAUAGCGAUGAUAGUAGCAGCAGUGAGGAAGCUAAUGACGAGGAUAAUGGGAACGAGGAGGCUUGUAGCGAUGGCAGUGCGUGUGAGGAAGACAAUAGCGAGGACACUGGUAGUGAGGGAGCUAGUAACGAGGACAGUGAGCGUGAUGAGACUGGUAUGGCGGAUGCUGAAAGUGAGGAGCAAGAGGAGGGCAGUGAGGGAGCAGUGGAUGAGGACGGGGAAGCAGGACUUCAAGGUAAGAAGGGUGGGGGAAAGCUGGCUGUGGGGGACGAAAGGGAGAAAGUGGACAGAGAGGAAGAGGAGGUAAGGGAGGAAGAGGAGGUAAGGGAGGAAGAGGAGGUAAGGGAGGAAGAGGGGGAAAGAGAGAAAGAGAAUGAAAGUAAGGAAAAGGAUAAAAGAGAAGAAGCGGAGAUAAGAGAAGAAGAGGAGGAAAGGGAGAAAGAGGAGGAGCGAGAGAAAGAGGAGGAGCGAGAGAAAGAGGAGGGUAGUGAGGAAGAGGAGGAAAGGGAGGAAUAUGUGGAAAGGGAGGAAGAGGAGGAAAGGGAGCAAGAAGAUGAUAGUGAGGAAGUGGAGAAGAGAGAAGAAGAGGAGGAAAGGGAGGAAGAGGAGGAACGAGAGGAGGAUGAACGGAAAGAGCAAGUGGAUGAAACAGCACAGGGAGAGGGCGGGAAAGAGGAGGAGGACGAUGAGGAGAGUGGGGAGGAGGGAGGGGUGAAGGUGGUGGAAAUCAGGAGGGCAACUCUUGGUGCUGUAGCGGCACCACCGAUGGCUCCUGCUGAGGGUGGUGUGGAGCGGCGGGAACAGAGUGAGGGGGGCGAGAGUGAGAGUGAGAAUGAGAGUGCGGAGGGAGGGGAAGGGAAGCUGCAGGGCAAGCAGGGGAAAGAGCCUUGGAAUGGUGUUGUAGCCGCAACAGUGGCUGCACCAAUGGAUGCUGUGGGUGGUGUGGAACAGGAACAGAAGAGUGGUAGUAAGUUGAGCGAGAGUGAGGGAAGUGAGAGUGAGGAGAGUGAGAGUGAGAGAGAGGAAGGACAGGAAGGGCAGGUAGAGCAUGCGAAAGAGGGGUCGUUGAAGGGUGUUGGAGCGACCACACCAGCUGCACCGGUGAGUGGGGAUCUACAGAGUGAGGGGAGUGAGAGCGACAGUGAGAGUGAGAGCGAGGAGGAGGUUGAGAGAGAGGAGGGACAGGAAGGGCAGGUGGAGUAUGAGGAGGGGUUCUUGAAAGGUGUUGAAGCGACCACACCAGCUGCACUGGUGGCUGCUUCGGUGGGUGGUGUGGAGCAGCAGAGUGAGGGGAGCGAAGGUGAGAGCGAGAGUGAGAGUGAUAAUGAGAGUGUGGAAGGAGGAAACGGGAAGGUGGAGCAUGGAAAGGAGGGGGAGGGGCUCUUGGAUGGUGUUGCAGCCACAACAGCAGCUGCAGCGAUGGGUGCUGUGGGUGGGGUGGUUCGGGAACAGAGUUGGGGGAGUGAGAGCGAGAGUGAAAAGGAAGCGGUGGGUGCUGUGGGUGGUGUGGAGCAGGAGCAGAGUUUGGGAAGUGAGAGCGAGAGCGAGAGUGAAGGGACUGAGAGGAAGAUUGAGAGUGAGGAGACUCGGGGUGGGGAGACUGAGAAUAAGGGCAAGGAGGAGGUGGAAGGGAAGGUAGAGUAUGAGAAGGAGGAAUCCCUGAAGGGUGUUGACGCGACCGCACCAGCUACACCGGUGAGUGGGGAGCAGGAACAGAGUGAGAGGAGCGAGGGUGAGAGUGAGGGGAGUGGGAGCGAGAGUGAGAAUGAGAGUGUGGGGGGGAUAAAAGGGGAAGGGAGGGUGGGUCAUGGAAAGGAGGGGGAGGGGCUCUUGGAUGGUGUUGAAGCCACAGCAGCAGCUGCACCGAUGGGUGCUGUGGGUGGGGUGGAGCAGGAACAGAUUGAGGAGAGCAAGAGCGAGAUCACAGCAGUGGCUGCACCGAUGGGUGCUGUGGGUGGUGUGGAGCAGGAGGAGAGUUUGGAGAGUGAGAGCGAGAGCGAGAGUGAAGGGACUGAGAGGGAGAGUGAGAGUGAGGGUGAGAGCGGGAACGAGGUUAAGAGCGAGAUUGAGAGCGAGAGCGAGACUGUUGUUACUGCUGCUGCGGCCGCUGCCGCAGCUGAUGCUGAUGCCGAUGCUGCUAAUGAUGCCGAUGCUGCUAAUGAUGCCGAUGCUGCUGCUGAUGCCGAUGCUGAUGCUGAUGCUGAUGCUGCUGCUGAUGCUGAUGCUGAUGCUGCUGAUGCUGAUGCUGCUGAUGCUGAUGCUGCUGAUGCUGAUGCUGCUGAUGCUGAUGCUGCUGAUGCUGAUGCUGCUGAUGCUGCUGCUGCUGCUGAUGCUGCUGCUGAUACUUCCUGGGCUGCCUCUGCUUCUGUAUCAGGUGUUGAUGAAGGGACGGACUUGGAACAAGCAGGUGAAGGGCAGGAUUUGAAACACGCAGGUGAAGCAGAUGGGGAGGAGAGCAGCGAGGAAGAGGUUGCAUAUGAGCAUGGUACCUAUACUCAAGCUGGCGCCCCUGCCACUCAAGUCGACGCUCAUAGCACCACCUCAGCUGAGAUACGAGAGGGUGCCGCAGUGCUGGAAGUGUUGAGUCCAGUCUAUGCUGCUGCCACGCACGGCCGACCCUCCCUGCAGGCUCCCUGGGACCACCAUGGCAGCAGCACCUUCGCCUCUGCCUCUGCAUCUUCCGUUGCCUCUGCCUCUGGUGCUGCUGCUCGUGGCUUGACUGGAGCAGUGGAUGCAGCAGGCGAGGGGGAGACGCAUGGGGGGAGCGAGGAGGGGAGGGAGGGAGGAGAGGGGGCAGUGCAGGACAUGUUUGUGGCGGAGGAGCUGGUUGCUCUGGGCGUGGAUGAGGGAAGCGGGGUGGUGGAGAGCGAGGGAGAGAAGAGAAUUGUGGAGAGUGAGGGAGUGGGGGCGGCAGGAGUGCAGCAGGACAUGUUUGUGGAGGAGGAGUUGGUUGCUCUGGGGGUGGAGGAAGGGAGCGGGGAAGUGGAUAAGAGGGCAUUGGUGAGUGAAGGAGUGGGGGCAGUAGGGGAGGGUGUUUUUGCGAGGGUGGCAGUGGAAAGUGAUGCAGCGAGGGAGGCAGUGCAGGACAUGUUUGUAGAGCGGGAGCUGGUUGCUCUUGGGGUGGAGGAAGAAAGCGGACCGGUGGAGAGUGAGGGAGAGAAGGAGCCGGUAAAGAGCGGGGGAGUGGGGGCUGCAGUGGGGGAUGAUGCAGCGAAGAAGGCUGUGCGGCAGGAUAUGUUUGUGGAGGAAGAGUUGAUUUCGCUUGGCGUGGAAGACGGGAGGGGGGUGGUGGAGAGGGAGGGAGAGAAGAGGGCCGUGGAGAGUGAAGGAGUUGGGGCGGCAUUGGAGGGUGUGAUAUCAAGGGCGGCAGUGAAGGUUGAUGCAGGGAGGGCCAGAGUGCAGGACAUGUUUGUGGCAGGGGAUCUGGUUGCUGGUGGCAGGAGAAAUGAAGGGAGCGCGGCAGUGCAGGACAUGUUUGUGGCGGGGGAGCUGAUUGGUCUAGGCGUGGAAGAAGAGAGUGUGGCGGUAGAGAGGGGAGGAGAGAAGGAGCUGGUAAAGAAUGAGGGAGUUGGGGCGGUAGUGGAGGAUGAUGCAGCGAGGAAGGCAAUUCAGGACAUGUUUGUAGAGCCGGAACCUGCUGGCCUGGGGGUGGGGGAAGGGAGUGAGACAGUGGACAGGGAGGGAGAAGAAAGGCCAGUGCUGCAUGAGGGAGUGAAAAUGCGAGCAGAGGGUGAGAAAGGAGAAGUGCAGGACAUGUUUGUAGAGGAGGAGCUGGUUUCUCUGGGCGUGGAGGAAGAAAGCGGGUUGGUGGAGAGGGUGGGAGAGAAGAGAACCGUGGAGAGUGAAGGAGUGGGGUUGGCAGUGGAGAGUAAUGAAGGGAGAGUGGCAGAGCACGCCAUUGUGGAGGGUGGGCCUGGUGAGGAGCAACGGAAUGACCUUGGCAACAAGCCAGGUGGUUUGGAGGCGAGCAGGGGAUGGGGCGGCAGUAUGGGUGGCGUGGUGGCGAGCGAGGUGGUUAGUGGCACAGCGGGCAACGGGGAUGCUGGCAUGGGUUCUGACAGCACACCGCGAGGUGUGGUGGACGAAACGGAAAGAGUGUAUCAGGCUUGCGGGGUAUCAGGCUUGCGGGAGGGGGAUGGGGGGGAGAUGGGGGCUGAGGCGGCAGGGGGGAGGAGAGAGGGUCCGGAGAUUGAAGGGUAUCGGGAAGAGGGAGAAUCGGGAGAGGGGAAAGAAGGGAGUGCGGAAGGAGAAGGUGGGGAGAUGGAGGAGGAGGGUGGAGUAGGAGAGGGGAGCGUGAGUGGGGUGAGGGAAGAGGAGGGAGAAGGGAGGGAAGAUGAAAGGGAGGGGAGGGAAGGGGAUGGAGAGGAGACAGAAGAGGAGGGAUUGAGGAAAGAGGGGGGGGCGGAAGGGGAAGUGGGAGGGGAGAGGGAGAGUAAAGUGCGGAAGGAAGAGGACGAGCAGAAGGUGUGUGAAGUGAAGGGAGAGAGUGAGGAGGCAGGGAGUAAGAGGCAGGAGGCAGAAGAUUCAACAGCAAGUGAGAUACAGCAGGUGGAACAGUAUUCUGAGAGUGGUGGGAAAAUGAUUCAGGUGGAGGAUGGGAGUGAGAAGAAGCAAGAAGUAGAGGAGGAGAGUGAUUUCCCUUGUUCUCCCGGCUCCCCAACAUUCGUUCCGGAUUCUCCCGCCUUUGGCGUUGCUGCCUCCAGCAUUCCCUCUGCCCUCGCUCCUUCUCCUGCUGCAGCUGACGUGAGGGUUGACGAGAGCGAGGGGGGGAAGAGUGAAGAUGAGGGAGAGAGGGAGGAGAGGGAAGAAGAGGGAGGCGAAGGAGAGAAAGGGGAGAGUGAAGGAGAGGGAGACGAGGGAGAGAAGGGGGAGUGUGAAGAUGAGGGAGAGAAAGGGGAGAGUGAAGGAGAGGGAGGGGAGGGAGAGAAGGGGGAGGGAGAAGAGGAGAGAAAGGAGGGAGAAAAGGUGGAGAAAGAAGAAGGGGAAGAGGAUGGAGAGAAGGGGCAUAGUCAAGAGGGAGAGUUGGUGCGACAUGUGGAGGGGGGUGCAAGGGGGGAUGAGGCGGGUGAGGGUGUUGGUGCUGUGGUUGACCAGGGACCGGCCUGGCAGCCAGUGGACCAGUCAGAAGACGCCGCCACCUCACACACUCCCUGUGAAGGCAUCUACUCUCCUACCAGCACCCAUGCUGCUUCUCAUGCCGAGUCACUCUCUAACGAGGAUGCCACAUCGCUCUCCCCCGAUGCUGCUUGCCCAUCUCCAUCCCUCGGCUCUCCAGCUGUCAUUGCUGAAUCUCCUGCCACCUCCUUCUCUCUCCUUCAAGACUCGAGCUCCACCCCUCACCCAGACUCCGCCUCCCCUCGUUCUCCCACCUCCGCCUCCCCUCGUUCCCCCACCUCCGCCUCCCCUCGUUCCCCCACCUCCGCCUCCCCUCGUUCCCCCACCCCCACCUCCCCUCAUUCCCCCACGUUCACCUCCCCUCAUCCCCCCACCUCGGGCUCUCCGCACGCCAGUGAAGCUGGGUCCCCCACUUCAGUCCCCGACUCGCCCACCUUUGGCCUCGCCAUGACCCCUGCCCCUGCCAGCCCCACUGCUGCUGCGGCUGCCGUUGUGGAUGGGACGAGUGCAGACUCCCCCACAUUCACCCCGGAUUCGCCCACCUUUGGGUUUGCUGCCCCCGCCAUUGCAAAUGCGGCAGCGCCUGCUUCUGCUGCUGCUGGCAGGGCCAGUGAAGCAAGUGGGGCGAGAGGGGCGAGCAGGGAGGGCAGAAGCAGCAGCAGCGGCGGCGGGUGGGGGAGUGUCUCUGCAGCAGCGGCAGGUGGCCUCAGCGAUACCUCCCCUCCCACUGUGGAUUUCUGGCGUGCUGACUCUCUUGAAUCGGUUGACUCCGUUGACUCUGCUGACUCUGGUACUCUCGAUCCUGAUGCUCUUGAUGGGCCUGAGUGUGAUGCCCCCAGCGGUGUCAAAGCACAGGGUGAGGAUGCUGCAGCUGCGGAACUGCAAGCAGGAGAGGAGGUGGAAGGAGGGGGAAAGCAGGGGGCGGAGCAGGCGGGGCAGGGCGGCGAGCGAGUGGACUGUCUGAUUGAGGACUCGGUGCAUGCCAUGCUCUUUGGGGCUGAAGGUGCAUCAGGAGCUUCGACUCCAGUCACCUCACAACCAGCAUCGCCAUCACCCCUGCCACUGCCAGCGCACACCAGCACCUCACUGCCCUCCCUAGCAUCUCUCUUCGACCGUCACAUGGACGAGCGCGAGAGAGCAGGCGACCCGCCUCCAUCUCUCACCUCUGCCAUCUCACAUCCCAUUCCCACUUCCGUUCCUCCCUCCAUUCCUUCCCUCCCUGUCCGCCCCGCCUCCCCUCCCCGCCCUGCCUUUCCCUCCUCUGCCUCCUGCCCCGGCCCCUCCACUCGCCACUCCCCCUUUCCCCCAUCCCCUUCAUCCAAACCCCCAUCCCUGCCCCGCCCUUUUCCUCCCUCCAGUCCCCGUUCCCGCCCCUCUUCCCCUUCCCUCCCCCGGCCCUCUUCCCCCUCCUUUCCCCACCCCCCACACUCCCCCUCUCCCCCCUCCCGCCCAUCCAACCUUCGCACUCUAUCUCGCCGGCGUCCCCCCUCCCCCCCAAUGCGUUCCCCCUCUGCCCGUCCCCGUGCCCUCCUUCCUCUCACAGUGGCUGCAGCUGCCUCGGAAGGAACCUCUUACUCCCCCCGCGCCUUCCCCAUCCUCUCCCCCUCCGCCUCCCCUUGCACCCGCUCCGCCUUCUCCCCGUCUUCCUCCCCUCCCUGCUCUCCCUCACUCUCCUCCGCUCCCCCUCUCUCCCAGACCUUCUCACUCCCCUCCUUUCUCUCCGACCGCUACCUGCCCUCCUCCUCCUCCACCUCCUCCUCCUCACCCACAGUCACACACGCACCUGCUGCUGCUGACUCCUCUGCUGCGGAUUCAGAUCCAUCUUUUACCAACCAACCACCAUUGCUCGUGCUCGACUCUCCACCGUCCUUACACCCUGCAAAUGAUUCUGAAAAAGUACCAGGUGAACCUUCAGUGGCAGCCAAGCGUCAGAAGCACCAGUCAGCACCGCAGUCACUGCCGCUGCCCCUCUCCACCACCACCACCACCUCGCCUGCCCCUGCUGCACCGUCCCACACCACCCCCCACUUGCCAUCACCGGACACAGCCUUCCCCACUCCUCCCUCGCCCACAGGCCCUUCUCCCUCAGACCCUCCCCCCACAGACCCUCUCCCCACAGACCCUCUCCCCUCAGAGCCUUCCCCAACAGAGCCUGCCCCCACAGAGCCUCCCCCCACAGAGCCUCCCCCCACAGACCUUCCCCCCACAGACCCUCCCCCCACAGAGCCUCCCCCCACAAAGGUUCCCCCCACAGAGCCUUCCCCCAAAGAGGUUCAACCCCCAGAGGCUCCCCCCACAGAGGCUCCCCCCACAGAGGCUCCCCCCGCAGAGGCUCCCCCCUCAGACCCUUCCCCUACAGAGCCUCCCCCCUCAGAGCCUCCCUCCUCAGACCCUCCCCCCACAGCGCCUUCCCCCACAGAGCCUCCCUCCGCAGCAGGGUCUCAGAAGCAGCAGCAGUGGGGGUGGUCCUCGCUGCUCGCCAUGGCCUGGCGCCCCUCCUGGGGCUCCGCUCACACACCUGCCCCUGCUCCCGCCUCCGAAGCUCCCGCCUCCGAAGCUCCCGCCUCCGAAGCUCCCGCCUCCGAAGCUCCCGCCUCCGAAGCUCCUGCCUCCAAAGCUCCCGCCUCUGAACCUCUCACCUCCAAACUUUCUGGAUCCAAACCUCCUGCCUUCGACCCUCCUGCCUCUGAACCUGUUGCCUCCGAGCUUUCCGCAUCCGGACCUCCCACCUCCGAACCUUCCUCUUCCGAAGCUCCUGCGUUUGAAGCUCCCGCUUACGAACCUCCUGCCUCGGAACCUCCCACCUCCGAAGCUCCUGCGUUUGAAGCUCCCGCUUACGAACCUCCUGCCUCCGAACCUCCCACCUCCGAAGCUCCCGGCUCCCAGGCUGACGUUGCUGGCAGUGGUGAGGAGAGAGAGAGUGCUGGCGACAGUGGGGUUGCUGCUGGGGUGCUUCCACUAAUCUCCCAUGCGCGCUGUGAGGGUGCCAGUGACGCGGAGAGUGCGCGUGGGAGUGACGGUGAGGGGGAGGCUGUGAGUGAGGGUGCGAGUGAGGGUGCGAGUGAGGGUGCGAGUGAGGUGGCGAGUGAGGAUGAGCGGGAGGGAGAGGGGGAGGUUGUGAGUGAUGGUGGGGGAGUUGAGAGUAGAUAUGAGAGUGGAGAAAACGGAGAGGUUCUGAGUGAGAGUGAGGGGAUUGAGAGCAAGUACGAGAGUGAAGAAAAUGGGAAGGUUUUGAGUGAGGGUGGGGGGACGGAGAGUAAAUACGAGAGCGAGGAGGGUGAGUUGGCGAGUGAGGGUGAGUUGGCGAGUGAGGGUGAGUUGGCGAGUGAGGGUGAGUUGGCGAGUGAGGGUGAGUUUGCGAGUGAGGGUGAGUUGGCGAGUGAGGGUGAGUUGGCGAGUGAGGGUGAGUUGGCGAGUGAGGGUGAGUUGGCGAGUGAGGGUGAGUUGGCGAGUGAGGGUGAGUUGGCGAGUGAGGGUGAGUUGGCGAGUGAGGGUGAGUUGGCGAGUGAGGGUGAGUUUGCGAGUGAGGGUGAGUUGGCGAGUGAGGGUGAGUUGGCGAGUGAGGGUGAGUUUGCGAGUGAGGGUGAGUUGGCGAGUGAGGGUGAGUUGGCGAGUGAGGGUGAGUUGGCGAGUGAGGGUGAGUUGGCGAGUGAGGGUGAGUUGGCGAGUGAGGGUGAGUUGGCGAGUGAGGGUGAGUUGGCGAGUGAGGGUGAGUUGGCGAGUGAGGGUGAGUUGGCGAGUGAGGGUGAGUUGGCGAGUGAGGGUGAGUUGGCGAGUGAGGGUGAGUUGGCGAGUGAGGGUGAGUUGGCGAGUGAGGGUGAGUUUGCGAGUGAGGGUGAGUUGGCGAGUGAGGGUGAGUUGGCGAGUGAGGGUGAGUUGGCGAGUGAGGGUGAGUUGGCGAGUGAGGGUGAGUUGGCGAGUGAGGGUGAGUUGGCGAGUGAGGGUGAGUUGGCGAGUGAGUGUGAGUUGGCGAGUGAGGGUGAGUUGGCGAGUGAGGGUGAGGGGGCUACAACUGUAUUGCCCUUGCAGGAAGAUUCGAGGCAUGUGCUGGAGGCUUCAGGGGCUGUGCUGAGUGGGAGUGAUGAUGAGAGAGAGGAGAGGGGUGCUGGGGAGGGGAGGGGAGUAGGCGAGGGAGUGGAGGGAAUGCUGCAAGGGGAAGGGAGGAGAGAUGGGGAGGUGGGGCGUGCAGAAGUGGAGGGGGUGGCGGUGGGGAGUGAGAAAGGAGAGAGUGCGGAUGCUGUGGAGGACGAAGAGGAGGAGGAAGGGAGAGAGGAUGGCGGAGGGAGAGUGGGGGAGUAUGGGGGGGAAGAUGGAGGAGAAGUAGGGGAGUGUGUGUCUGAGGCAGCGAGCUCUGCUGACGUGGAAGGUGAUGUGGAAGGUGACGUGGCGGGUGACGUGGAGGGUGAUGUGGAGGGUGAUGUGGAGGGUGAUGUGGAGGGUGAUGUGGAGGGUGAUGUGGAGGGUGACGUGGAGGGUGAUGUGGAGGGUGACGUGGAGGGUGAUGUGGAGGGUGACAUGAUACUUGAUUUGGAAGGGGAGGAGCUGGACGUGGGUCAGCUACAGCGGGAUAUUGAAGCAGUUCUUAAGGAGGCCUUUAAACUGAAGGGAAAGGGGUCGGAUGGGGUGUGGCGUGUGACUGUGGUGCGAGAUGGCAGUAAGGAGGGGUGCGUGGUGGAGGUGGAUGAGGGGGAGGUGGAUAUGGGGAAGGUGGAUUUGGGGGAGGUGGAUGUUGGGGCGGAUGCUGAUGAUGAGGGGGAGGAUGAUUCGGAGGAGGAAGAGGACGAUGAUAGUUGUGUUGAGGAAGGGGACGAGGAGGAGGAGGAGGAGGAGGAGGAAGAGGAGGAGGAAGAGGAGGAGGAAGAGGAGGAGGACGAGGAGGAGGUAGAGGAAACGGAAGAAGAGGAAGAGGAGAGCGGGGAGGAGGAGGAGAAUGGGAGAGAGGAGGAGCGCGAAGGAGACAAGCUGGGGUUAUCAGAAGCGGCUACUGUGCAGGCAGCCGCAGGGCCUGCUGUACCCAUCUUGGCUGUCAGUGCAGCGGGUGCAGCAGUGGCGACUUUUGAGUCGACUCAAAAGUCAUCAGAAGCGGCUGCUGUGCAGGUAGCCGCAGAGCCUCCCCCUGCUGUACCCAUCUUGGCUGUCAGUGCAGCAGGUGCAGCAAUAGCGGGGAGAGAGGGGGCGGAGGAGGAGGGCAGUGAGAGCGAGGACUUCGCGGAUGCACAGGGCGCAUCAGGGGAGUUCGAGGAAUCAGGUGAAUCAGGAGGGUCAGAGGGGCCUGAGGGGCCUGAGGGGUCUGAGGGGCCCAACGCUGACAGCACUGGCAGCACUGGGAGGGGUGAAGGCGUGCCGGUGACUGGCAGUGGUGAGAGCAGCAGAGUCGGUAUUGACACGGCUGGUGGUGCCGUUGACAGCGGCACGGAUGGGGAAGGCACGGAGGAGGAAAGAGUCGGUGCUGACGGCAUUGGCAGCAUGAUUGGCACGGAUGGCAACGAUGGCAUGGGCGGCAUGGCUGGCAACAGCGCGGGCGGCAUGGGCGGCAGCAGCGUGAGCGGCAUAGUGAACAUUGAGGAUGUGGACGACGGGGCGUCUGACAGCUCCUCUCUCUACCACGACGCCCACAUGGCAGCAGUUCCAGCCGUGGUCGCUGCUGUUGUUCCCAUGCCUGUCGCCCCAUCGUGUGACCCCACGGCAUCUGAACCAUCUCCCUGCAACCUCCCUGCUACUGAUGCUACUGCUCCUGACUCGGCUGCUACUGCAGCAGCUGCUUCUGGGGAAGACGCCAAGUGGAAGCUGCCAGGAAGGAGCCUGUUUGGUCUGUUCGCACGAGGCGCCGGUGGGAGUGCAAGCAGGCGUGCUGGGGGAGCAGAAGGGGUGGCGGGGGAGGGAGCGGAGGGCGUGGAGGAGAGGGAUAGGAGCAGUGUUGAUCCGAGAGGGGUGGAGCAGGAGGAUGAGUUUGAGAGCGCUCAGAUCGGGCUGAGGGAGGGUGACGUGGCGGCAGGGGAUGAGCAGGACGGAGUUGAUGGUGGGAUGGCGGUGGGGAGAGCAGAGGAGGAGGAGGAGAGGGAGGGUGAGCGAAGGAAGGACGAGGAGGCGAAGGGAAACAUUGAUGAGAGGAGACCGCAAGACGAGCGGGAGAUGGGAGAGGGGCAAGAGGAGGCAGAGGAGGAGCGGGUUGAAGUGGUGGAAGGGUCAGAGGGUGCAGCUGGAGGGGCUAUGCCCAAGGGGAGUGGCAGUGCUCCCUCUGCGUCUGCUGCAAUAGCUGCUGGUGCUGCGGCGGCUGCUGCUGCUACUGCUACUGCUGUUGCUGCUGCCACUCUCCCCAAUCAUCCUCCUGCUACGUUCUCCCCACCUCGUUUUGCCUCAUCUGGUGCCCCUUUCUCGCGCUCCUCUAACCUCUCCCGCCCCGCCCUCGUCUCCUCUCGCCCACCUGCCACCCUCCCACCCGCUGCCUCUGCUGCGGGGGUCGCUCGGGCUCGGCUGCGGCCUGCUGUGUCCAUGGGCAGUGCUGCUGCCUCCGCUGCAGGGGAAGCUUCGCAGCUCGCCCCAAUGGCCCGUGAAGACCCACGGGCAGCUGCAGUAGGGGCAGCUGGUGCUGCUGGAGUGGAUGGGUUGAGGGGUCUCGAGGGGUCCGUUCCGGGUAUGGAAAGGAUUGAGGAUUGGGAAGAGGGUGGUGAGGAAGGGGACGAGGAGGUGCUGCAGGGGCUGCGGGUGAGGAACCGGCAGGGCGAGUGGGAGGAGAGUGAGGACUUUCGGCCGCAGUGCUUGCAGCAGCCACAGUGCAUGCCCUCCCUGCACCUGCCCCAUGAGGGAGGGAGCACGGCGGGAGCUGCUGACGCAGGGGGGAAGCGAAAGCACGGUGGCAGACGAGAGCACGAGACGAGGCGGACUGAUGACGAUGACGAUGACUCGGAACCGGAGGAGCAGCUGCUGAAGCACCGUGGGGCUGCCUCCUUUGCCUGCUGCUUCCGCCCAGCCGUCAGAGACUGA